AUGCAUGGCCUCAUGAAAGAUUUAGCUCAAUUUGUUUCUGGAGAUUAUUGUUUCAGAUUGGAGGAUAAGGUGAUGGAUGGUUACCAAAACAGAAUUUUUGACAAGGCUCGGCAUUCGUCAUACAAUCGCAGUAGACGAGAAAUGCUCAGAAAAUUUGAUGCCUUCUAUGGAGUUGAGUGUUUACGCACUUUUCUGCCACUGGAUCCAACAGGAGAAAUUGGAGCAAGCUUUUUGGCUAAUCAAGUUCCCCAUAUUCUCUUGCCAAAGCUAAAAUACCUGAGAGUGCUGUCUUUCAAUGCCUGCCGCAUCACUGAAUUGCCAACUUCAGUUGGUGAAUUGAAGCAUCUUCGCUACUUAGAUCUUUCUCGCUCAGCAAUCAAAACUUUGCCUGGCUCGAUAGGAUCUCUUUAUAAUUUACAAACUUUAAUCUUAGUAGAAUGCUAUUCUCUGAGUAAGUUGCCCACAGAGAUAGGAAACUUAACAAGCCUUCGACAUCUCCGAAUUAGUGGAAGCAGGCUAAUAGAGAUGCCUCUGCAAAUGUGUAGAUUGACAAAUCUUCAAACGUUGUCUCAUUUCGUUGUGGGUAAAGACAGUGGAUCUGGAGUUGGAGACUUGAAGGAUAUUCAUCAACUUCAGGGAGCACUUCUUAUUUCAGGACUGCAAAAUGUGGUCGGUUUCACUGAUGCAAUAGGGGCAAAUUUAAAGGACAAGAAGGAUUUGACUCAGUUAACGUUACAAUGGAGUAACAAUUUUGAAGAUUCAAUGAAAGACAGAGAUGAAGAGGAAGUGUUUAAAACCCGCCAACAUCACAGAGACGGAAAAGAUCUUGCCAUGAGCAGCUAUAAAAUUCCACAAUUUCCAAGCUUCAGAGAAACCUUGGAAGCUUAUAGGCGGGAAUCUGUUGAAUUGCAGUUGGAUCGUAGUAGCAGUUUGGAUGAUUCAAGGAAUGAAAAAAUUGAAACAGAUGUACUUGAGAUGUUGCAGCCACACAAAAACAUAGAAAAACUCAUGAUCAAGGACUAUGCAGGUACAAGAUUUCCGAGUUGGAUCGGAUCCCCAUUAUUCGACAAUCUGAUGUUUUUACAACUUAGUAACUGUCUGAAGUGUCAAUUUUUACCACCAUUAGGACAAUUACCCUCACUUAAAGGCCUUACCAUUGAAGGAAUGAGAGGAAUUAAAAUGGUGGGUACAGAAUUCUAUGGGGAUGGUUGCUCCUUUGUUCUACCUUUUCCAUCAUUGGAGACUUUAAAAUUUGAGAACAUGUCAGCCUGGGAGGAGUGGUCUUCUAGUGGACUUAAAGGCAUAGAUGAAUUUCCUCAACUUCAAAUUAUUGAAAUUCAGAAUUGUCCUAAGCUGAGAAUAUUCCAGCAACACUUUCCUACCUUGAAGAAAAUGACUAUCAGUGGUUGUGAAAAACUGGAAGCUCUUCCAAGCCAUCAGACAACACUUAACAGCUCAGACCAAGGCAGAGAUUUCUCUUGCCUCCUCGAACUUUCCAUAUGGUCAUGCCCAAAUUUGAUGGAGUUACCGACUUGCUUUCCUGCUUUGGUAAUACUUCAGAUAGAUGGAUGCCAAAAAUUAAGAAUACUUCCAAAGCUUCCUUCAAUUUCUGAACUAGAAUUGACCAACUGUGAUGGCAAGGUGGUACAAAGCGUUAUCGGACAGUCUUCACUUACCUACAUACGUAUAUGUCAAAUUCUCAAUCUGAGAUUUCUAGUUGAAGAAAUUUUUCAAGACUUGAUAGCUCUUGAAGAAUUACAGAUCUCUCAGCUGGGUCAGCUCACAACUUUAUCAAAUAAUAUUGGAUUGCAAAGCCUUCUUUCUCUCCAACUAUUGGAAAUUUCAGGAUGUCCAUACUUGAAGGAGUUGCCAGAUAACUUGUAUAGACUUACAUCUCUAAAAGUGUUGAGGAUUUGGAAUUGUCCUUCACUUGUGUCAUUAACGGGGUUGCCCUCCACGCUUUUGGGUCUUGAAAUCAAAACCUGUGGAGCCUUGCAGUUUUUGCCGGAAGGGAUGACACAUGAAUCCUGCAGAAACAAGACUCCCUUCUCACUUGAAUAUUUGUUUAUUGAAGAAUGUGCUUCUCUUGUAUCUCUACCAAGAGAUGAGCUCUCUGGCUCACUAAAAGGACUUGAAAUUCAAAGCUGCUGUAAUUUGGAGUCCCUUCCAGAGGAGAUGAUUUGCAACGGUAGUUUGCUUGAAAUCUUGAAAAUUUCUGGGUGUCAUUCUGUUAAAUCCUUGCCAAAAGCUACUUUUCAGUUGCCCACAACCCCUUCUAACAUUGUCAUGAAACUUAAGGAGCUUAUUAUCAGCAAUUGUAUGAACCUUGAGUUGUUACCUGAAGGACUGCACAACCUUACAUUACUUGAUUACUUGGAAAUAUCUGACUGCCCACUUCGUCAGUCUUUUCCCAAACCUGGCUUGCCCGCCUCAAAGAUUAGAUCGAUUAGAAUCUCUAAUUGCCGAAGUCUUAGGUUUCUGCCAAAUCGGAUGUAUAGCCUUCAAUCUCUUGAAGAACUAUGCAUUAAUCGUUGUUCCAGUCUUGUGUCAUUUCCAGAGGGUGGGCUUCCUGCCAAUCUUAUAUCACUUUCGAUCUUGGACUGCGAAAAUCUCAAGCCUUCAUCCCAAUGGGGCCUUCACAAACUCACUUGUCUAACUGAAUUCUCCUUUGGUGGAUGUCAGGAGUUAGUAUCAUUUCCAGAAGGCUGGUUGUUACCUGCCAAUCUAUCCUUUCUUCAUCUUGAGCACCUGCCAAAUCUUAAAUCCCUACCCAAGGGACUUAAGAACCUUCAAAAUCUUGAAACUCUGGAAACAUGGAAUUGUGACAGCCUCCGAACUGUGCCAGAAGAAGAACCAACUACAGUGCUUCUGAGUCUUUGGGAUGCUUUUUGGGAUACAGAUAGGAUUUUCGUUUACUGACAGCCACAGUUUUGAAGAAAGUGCGAAUCCUGGUCCAUGAAAGAUCACAGCCUGUGUAAACAUAGUGAAGUCUUUUCCUAUCGGACAGUAAUAUUGAUAUGCAAAAUUUUCAGGUGGAAUGUCCGCUUGAAAGAUGUUUCCAAAACCCAACUGCUCUUGAAGAAUUAUUCUCUUUUCUGGGGGAACACACAACUUUAUCAAAUGACAUCAGAUUGCAGAACCUCCUGAAGUAGAAUUUGGAAUUGCGCUUCACUUUCUCAUUUCCUGAAGUAGGCUUUCCCUCCUCUCUUAUGGGACUUGAAAUUAGAAGUUCUGAGUUUCUGGUUGAAAUGAUAAUUUGCAAACUUCACAAGAGGCAAACUACCUUGUUACUUGAGCAUUUGGUCACUGAAGGUUGUUCUUCUGUCAAAUCUUUAUCAAGAGACCUGCUGUCUGGAACUCUUGAAGGACUUGAAAUCCUAUCUUGCAGUCCAUUUCAGAGUGUAUGAUUCAUCAAAGUAGUUCUCUUGAAAUCUUGAAAGUGGUUGAUUGAACCCGGAGUCCUUGCCCCAAGGCCUACAUAACUCGCGUCUUUUCAUCAGUUGGAAAUAGCAGAUUGUUCACUUCUUCUACCAUUUCCAGGACAAGGCUUUCUCACCUCUAUGCUAAAAAUAAGUAGAAUGUUGCAUUGCCAAAACCUCAAGUUUCUAUCAAAUUACAUGUAUAGCCUUCCAUCUCUUCAAGAAUUACGAAUAAGUGCUACUCCAAUCUCAUGUCAUUCCAUAGGGUGGGAUGCUCACUGUUAUGCAUAUGGACACCCUUUUCGAGCCAAAGAUAAUGCAUAGUUGUUGGACAUCAAGAUUUUGUCCAAAUAAUAAAUAGAAAGACACGCCAUCAAGACAUGCAAUAUCCCAAAAAAGUUCACAAAUGUGAGCUUUGGUUUGUGUGCAAUCGAUAAGGUAUUCUCAUUGGCCAAAA